CCGCGCGUGGGGGCUGUGAUGAGAGGGGAGAUGCUCCAGGGGCUGCAGGCCUGGCUGCUGCCAGCUCUGGGAGGCACUUGACCAGCCUUUGAGGUGCUCUGAGCUCCUGCCAGGGUCACAGCGGAAAACCUGGUGAUCCCAAUGGUUUGGAGGGUGCCUCAGCCGGUCACUAUCAGGGCUGUGUGGGGACAGCAGGCUCUCCUGGCACAGUGCACAUGCCUCAGGAGGGUGCCCUUUACUGGCACCUAGGAAGAGAUGCUUAUCCUCUUCUCUAGGGAGGCAAAUGGCAAGGAGAAGGAAAUCUCUCUUGACCUCCCACCACUCCUCUAUCUCUGUUUUCUUUGGGCACCUGGAGCUGCAAACUCACUGCUCAUAUUUAGUGUCUGUUGGGGAGAGCCCAUGCAGCUGGCGUCAGUAAAGGUCCCUUUGCUUCCCAGCAGGCUUUAAAUGUCUCAGUAUAUUCUUCAACAGGAAGCUGUCUUUUUCAUGAUGGCAGUAUGAUGUCUGCAGUGUUUACUGGGCGUCUGAGUAACUUGAUGUUCUUUAUGUUUUUGAGGCUGACAGGUCUGACUGUCAGCUGCUUGCUCCUCAGCAUAGGUGGUCCUCCCCCAAGCUCACAGUUUUGUUCUCCAUAGGAAGCUCUGUGUUUUCCACAAUUUGAAUAAGUGCUCCUCCAGCCUUUCCCUCAGCUCACCUAGCCAGUUAUGCUUUACUGUCAGAUGGGGCUGCACAUCUGGGAGGUUUGGGCAUACCUGAUGUGUAGUCCUAGGGGAAAUAAGUGCUCUGUACCAAUCCCUGCAGAGCUUACAGUGGAGUGGAGCAGCCCGAGAUCAUUGCGCUUUUGCUCAGGGGCAGCGUCAAAUGAUUGAAGGAUGGUGGUGUCAUACAAGAUUGGUAGGUAGAGCGAAAGCACCGAUCUCUUUUCUCAGAGGCAGUCGCUCUGUGGCCCAAGUACAUCAAAGGUACGCCUGUGGCCUGUGCACUGCUCAUUCUGGAUGUGCUGGAGUGGAGUCCCGAUCUCCAUCCUUGACUCAGUACUUGGCUGGACAAGGCCCUGAACAGCUCGAUCUGACUUCGAAGUUAGCUCUGCUCUGAAUGUGGGGUGAGCUAGAGACCACCAGACAUCCCUGCCUAAAUGAUUGUAAGAUUCUUCACCCAAAGACUGAAUGGGAGACAAAGGGUGCUACCGACAUCCCUGGAACUGGGGCUGUACUGGGCAGACUUCUUCAGCUGAGAUCCAUUGCGUGUUCCUGUCCCCAGCUAGUAGUGUAGUGUGUCUCAGAUCCCUUCCUGGACUCCUGACAGGCUGCUGUAAUGGUUUUCCCUUUUUCUUCUGACCCCAGGGAUUCUCACAGCAGUAGGCAUUGCCACACAGUCGGUGUGGCCAAAGCAGUUUUGGGAUCUGACUUCUGGAGGCUACCAUUCCACCCGAGACACACACACUUACAGAGCCUGUGCACUGUGGGAUCAGCCUGGCUGGUGUAUCUCCCAGCUGGGAUGCUGGGCAGCUCACUGCUAUACGGAGUUCUGCCCUUUUUCUUCCCCUUUCAGGGUCUCUUGGUAGUUCCUUAGGGCUCUGCAAGGCCAGGCUUUCUGGUUUGGAUGCUGCUUACUCCAGGCCAUCUCUGGGAAGUGGAGAAGCCACCUGGUCCUCAGGCUGCUACUGCAUCUUCCAGCAGCUGCUGUGGUGUGCAGCUUUGCAGAUGGAGCUUUGACACACUUGAUUGUUUCAAACACCAUGGAAUUCUGCUUGCCUUUUUUUUCGCUUGUACUGUGUCUUUUCCAGAAUAUGAUGCCCCAGGAACCCACUUUUAACUUUUCUGGUGUGGAUUUGUGUAUUGUAAAUCAGGAGAGUGAUUUACAUGCUGUGUUAGUGGUGCUGUUCUCCUCACAUGUUUAAUGUAGCAGGAGAUGACAGUGAGCUCUCUGUUCUCAGAACAUGAUUCCUUGUCCUGAGAGAGCUGGGUGCUCAGGCACCCUUGCAGCUCUGGUUAUUGGUAACUGAGACCUUUUGGUGCUCUGAGACCUUUUCUACAGCUUGAACUAGAGAGCACGUUGUUUUGAAGCCUCUUACGAAGGUGCCAGAAUGGAGCAGUUUCAUUAGAACCUGAGCCACGUCUAGCUUGAGAAAGGUUUGCAGUCUCAAAUGGUGAACAGUGGGGUUGGGUGCUCGCUGCCAGCCGGACAGACAGCCAGACUUCAUGGAGGGAUGGGAGCAAUCCCGCAGUCCUCAUCUGAGUUAACAGUUACGAGGUUUGGGAGUGACUGGUAGUACUGAAUUUUGAUCUCGGGCAGGAGGUGAUGUGAUACUGUGUUGGCAUCACUAUUUUUCUGAUAUCAGCAGAAGAGGGAGCUAGAGCUUGAAUUCAAGCUUUGCAUACCCCAUAAAGGUUGUAGUUUCUGAUUCAAAGUACAUAUUUUAAGAUUAAUGGAUUGGACCAGGCUUCUCAAAUAAUUUUACCUUCUAGUAAAUAAACUAUGGGCUCUCUAGGUAUCUGCUGCUAGCAGAGCCUUGAUUUUAGGAAACAGCUUUGAAGUCAAAUGUACCUUCAUCCCUUAUAUGUGUCAGGUGAUUGAACCUGAUAAUAAUUUGGCAACCUGAGGUGAUCUCAAGAGAGGAAUGUGUUAGGACACAGCAGAGAUGUUGAGGGAGAACUGUAUUUUAUCCCUCAUAGCUUUGAAGAGCUGGACUUUUCUUUAAAGAUCCCAGAAUAUGGUGUCUGCUUGCAUCCUGGUGCCAAGGCACUGGCAGCAGUGGAAGUUGCCUCAAGGAGUUGUCUUGUGAAGAGACGAUUGGCCCUGCCUGCCUGUGAUUGCCUGCUGAUCACACCAGGUCAGCGAGCUGGGAAAGUCACAGGGGUAUGGAAGGUCUCCAGAUUUACUGAGAUUUUUGUGUCCAAUUUCCGAAAGCUGCUAGCAGUAUUGGUCUGAACUCUGCAAAGCAUGAGGACCUGGGACUUGGUCCUAGUGCACAUAAAAGCUUUAGGGUGGAUACACUGUCAGCAUACCUCUCCCUUCACCGUCCCUCUCUCCCCCUGCAGUCUGACACGUCCUUGUGCAUUUUCACUUUAUAUCACAGAAAUAUGAAACCAAUUAGUUGACAGUGUCGCCUUUUUGGGGAUGGGACGAUUCAACCUGGAGCAAAAGUUUGAGAAUAAUAUCUUGGGGAAACAAUGGAUAGAUGAGACUCGGAGUCCUGCCAACUUCAGAGUCAGACCUGUGGCAGGUUUGUAGGUACACCUUAGCUCUGGGCGAUGUGCCGUGCUGUGUUCGAGCCAGGUUUGUCAGUGAAGCUAAGCUGCUGGCCCAACCCCAGCCCUGCUGUGGGGUUGGUGGUGUUGCCCCCUGCCUCAACAGGUAACCCCACAUCUCGUGCCUCGUUACCCCUGUAGCCUUUUCUGCUAUCCUGGCCUUGCCAUCUCCCAGCAGGGAUGUCACUGAGAAAGCGGUGGAAGGUCAGGUCUCAGCCGGCCUCUCAGAGGGUUACAAAAGGGGUUCCAGGACCAAACCCAAUUCACAAAAAGUCAGGAUUAAAUAUUGAAAUCCUGGGCGUUGCCUGUGUGCUCAGAAGUGUUGAGGAAAGGGUCUGUAUGAAGAGAGAGGAUAGAGCUGGAGUGGGGAGUGGUCCCGUGGGCUCCCUGAGCUUCCUGGGGAGCAUGUGCUCUCCUGCCUGUGGCUCUGCCUCCACAAGGCGCUUCCAGCCCCGCUGCGAGACCAGAGGAAUGUAGGUGAGAAGGGACCCCAGGGAACUGGGCAGAUUGAGGAGGAGAGGUGCUGGUUUUGAGCAGGUUUUGUUGCAGGUUGCUCCUGGAAGGCCGGUCAGGGUGGUGGGUGGGCAGAGUGCCCUCAGACCCCUUGGUGAUCCCUUGUUCUUGCUGCAGGAUUUGUGGGCUCAGCAUGGCCAGCCUCUGGCUGCAGUUCCCUGCUCCCCAUUUCUCUUGCAGCCAGCAGCCCUUUUCUCAGUUUCCAUGCAUCCCAAGCCUUCCCCCUGCUCCUUCACAGCCAUUUGGGAGGAGGUAUUUUUUUAUUAACAGCAACAGAAUUGCACUAAUGACAUGAACAUAGAUGUGAUGAAACACACAUUCUUCAAAUUUACCAUCAGCAAUGUAAUAAUCUACAGUUUAAACAGAAUAGAAACUGGCACGUUUCUGGUCAGGAUUUGGAAAACAUUCUCCCCACACCGUUACCUUCAGUAUCUGCAAUGACCUUGGUUUGAAUUGAGGAAGUUUCCACUGGUCUCUAAAACAAAAAUGGCCUGUGUUUUGGGGGCUUGGAGUUUGGUUGGGGUUCUGAAUCGGGAGGCAUGGUAGUAGUUGUAUGCAAUCAUACAGAAAAGGAGUAACCUGUAGCAAAGCAGUUUCAUGGACUGUUUAAUCUUUCUUGUUUUCCACAACAGCUCACAAUGCAAGUGCCAGACCCAGGUCCCCUUUCCCUCCUUUCCAAACCAGUCUGGGUUUGUGUUUCAGACAAAUGCUUUGAGUAUAAGAGAAGCAGAAACUCAGAUCUAAUAGCAGCUGCCUUAGUCAGCUGGGGUGUGUGACCUGGAGGGCUGUGCAGCUGGAGGUGCUGUGACAUUCAGGUCAGUGCUGCCACCUUGGUGUCUCUGGCCAUUAAGAGACUAUUGUUUAAGCUGCUGUGUUAAACUCAGCCCAUUUCCACAAGAAGUCUAAGAUGUGAAAUGACAUUUUUGCUUUGCAGGUCAGUAGUCUGAACUGGCCUUCAGAUCUGCUUUAUUCCCACUGUGUACAGAAAGCCAAAGCUUCUCAUUUUAUCACAAGGCAGCGGAAGAGGCCACUGUGGCUGGUAAAGGGCUGGUUCUGGCGGGCUGGAGCUGCAUUCCCUGCAGCGAGCUGGGAUACCCUGGGCCUGCACAGGCCUGCGGAGCUGAGUGUCAGCAGAGCCAAGUAAAACUAAAAAAAAAAACCCUUGGGGAGGGAUGUAGAAGGCAGGGUGGGAGCAAGGCUGCUGGCAAGGGCCUCCUGCACCCUGUCCCCAUGGCCAGGGGCAAGCCAUACAGUGGCAGCCUUUCUGCACAAACGCUUCAGCGCACACGGAAGGACCUUCAGGGAGUUCAGCAGUGCUGGUGGGCUGGGGGCUUUUUCCCUGACAUCUGACUCGACAAGUGGGUAGCUGUUGAAACUUAGCACUUGUAGAGGAGGAAAGAAAGGAAUAGCUUUUGGGGAGUUGAAGCAACUUGGAGCGCUUGGCCUUUGCCAAACUGGGAUCUGUGUUUGCAAGAGCAGCCACAGCCACCUUCUGAGCAGUGCAAAAUGUUGAGAGUCACAUCCGUACGCCUGUGACACAUCUAAGCAAUGUACCCGGUGGUGUAACAAAGCUGCUGGUGGCUCAGUAGCUGCUCUGCACAGUUCCAGACCUGCUGUAGCAAAAUCUGAUGCUCAUUUAUUUCAAGGUCUGUACACAUUCAGAUUGCCAGCAAAGGCACAGGACAGCUGCUCAAGGUCUCUGUAACACUCUGCCAAAAAAAACUAAAAAACUGAAAAACUGUGAGACUGGAGAAUCUGCAGUGUAGCCUGCUAUUAGCAAUACUAUCAUUGGUAAUACUAUCAUUGGUAAUAAGGAGAAAGAAAUAAAAACAUUUCUCUGGAGUCUGGCAAUAGGGUCAGUAACAGGAACUAAUUUCAUCUUUUGCAUCUUCAGCCACUAUCACCACUGUCUCGGUAGUGGUUGGAAAUCAGAGAUUUUUAAUGUAAAUAAUAAAGUUUUACUAUAAGAAUAUAGCUAUAGCACCCUGAUCCACUUCUUAUAAUGCAUCAUCUUAGAAAGUUUCUAAUGAAUUUGAAGGAAAUGUAAUUUUGACUAGAAGUAAAAGUUUAAGGAAGCAGUAAGAAAAAACAGGCAUAGAGGUGACCAUAAUGUUCUGCUUGGUUCUUGAUAGGAUUUAGGAGAGAUGUUAAAAGAUCUGUAUAGAACAAGAAGAUCCUGUUUCUAGAUAAAAAUUAAAUAAAAUUAGGCCUAGUUCUUAAAUUUAACAGGCUUUAGCAAAAGUUGUACUAAAUUAGUUUGAAAUAGUAAUAUAAUGAAUUAGUUAUUAGGGCAGAUACUUCCACAGAAGGGUACAGAAUGAGAAAAAAAAAUCUCCAAAAGGUCUCAGUAAGGUAGAACGUGAUCCAUUCUCCCAUACAAUUCUGCAAAAACUGUCAUGGUUAUGCCUCAGCCUUCUUCUCUGCUCAGCCAAGGCAAAUGGCUGCUUUCUUGUGAUCUUCUAGCAUAAGGUGGUGUUACUGGUUCAGGUGGGUUGAGCUUGUUGCUUUUCUCUGUCUCAAAGGUGUUUGGAGUUUAAAAACAGGUAACGAGCUGUAGCCUGCAAAACACAGGUGACAAUGAAGCAUAAUCCUCCCUCAGUUAUCUGUGCUUUGCAGUCUUGCAAUUGUUUAAGCAGACUAUUUAAAGAAAAGUAGCAACUAAGUAAAUGCACAAAAAGACUAAUUUAACCAAGCUUUGGAUAAACGUUAGGGUAGGGCAAGAUCUGUCAUGGGAGUGUUUUAAUCUGUCAGAAAUGUGAUGACUAAAUGAGCAACUACUACUCUGAAUAUGUACCAUCACUGGGCCCCUCCUACACUGGGGAGUAUUUCUGCAUUUCUCAUGCAACCUGCUUGUGUGACAAAUCUGCACACACACUGUACCCAAUUAGUGUCAAGUGUGAGAGGCUGCUCAGCAUGUGUCUCAUGUCUCUAAACCCUCCUGGAAGCAAUUUUCCCAUCAUCCGAAGAGUAAAUCACCAUUCUCCUAACUCUAUCAGAGGACAGUUCCCAAAUAAGAGCAGAAUAAACACAUGUAAUACAUGAUAAAACAUUCUAAUUAAUUAGAUAAUAUUCUCCUAGCAGAAGUAGAUGCAGAGUAUUAGCUGCUUUUAGUGUUAAACAUUACAUGUAAUUAUGUCAGUGUAAGUGAGACAAGGCACAUGGAUUGGUACUUGUGGAAAACUAGUGAAAGAGCUUACUUAAAAAAAACCAAACAAACAAAAAAACCCCAAAAAACUGUAAAAGAAAAAAAAUCAGUGCACACCUACUACAGGAGGUAUAAAUUACUUCGUGUCCCGGUCUCUCCAGAAGCAUUGGUGCAUGAAAAAGAGAGGGGAGAGCAGAGGGAGGGUACACAACCUGCUCUGCACACCCCCUCCUCGAGCAGCAACAGCAUCAGGAUGAAACUGUUAGCUUAAUCUGACAAAUGAUUUAACAUGACCACACCUUGUAUAAUUAAGAGACACAUGGUGCUAUUGGAAUGUCCUUACUAGUCUGACAGCAGCUAUUUCUCUUCACUCAUUUUCAAGUGACCAAACACGGUGCUUAGACAGAGGCAGUGCUUGCUGAGAACGAACACUGACACCAGGAUGUAACACAAAUCCUACGGAAAUGAAGGUAAACCCAGAACUGUGUUUUAGUCCAGCAACUGAAAGAUUGGGUUACCUCCGAGCAGGCCUAGAAGGAGCUCAGGAGGCCAUGGGAGCUAGGGGAGCUUCCUCAGGUGAGUACUGGGGGCCAAAGGCAAGACACUGGCAUAAGAAAGGCAUAAUUAAUUAGUUAAUUAUCUACCUGCAGGCAGCUGGAGUGGGAAACAUGAAGGUGAAAAUGCCAGUUUCGGUGUAGCUGGUGCACAUUAGGUGCUGAGCUGGGCUUCCUUUUUCUGCUCUUGUGCACAGGAGAAGUCUGGCCCCCCCUUCCCUACUCUCUUGUUUUCUGCCAAAGGCUGGCUGGGUCAAAAACCAUCCUCUGCUAGUGAAGGAGCAGCUUCUCUAGACAGAAAACAGCCCUGGGGUGGCUUCAGUUUAAUGUUGCACUGAAGAAGUUUUAUGCAUGAGAGGUGAAUGAGCAGGGCUCAGAGGAGAGCACCAAUGAGCUUAUCGCAGGUGUAGGACAAGCAAAGCCAAACAGAAGGAUGCUUUGUUUCAGGUUAUUCUAAGGCAAUGAGAAUUAUGAGGAAACAGUUUGUAUCUCUUUCUCCUGCCAGAAGACAGAGCAUUAAACCCGUAAUCAAGGUAAAUUGGUACUCUAAGUGGCUGGCAGUGUGUAGCAGCCUACACAGAACAAGAGAGCCAGAGCACAUGGGUGCUGGACAGCCAGGCGGUGAGGACAUGCAAGCAGUUGCUAACAUGCAGGAAAUUGUCUUUAGAGUACUCAAGGAUCUGAAAGACCUUUGUCUUUCAGCACUGUCCAUCCUGAUCUCUGAUAUUUACUAUUAUCAGAACUCAGGAGGCUAUUAAUAAGAGUUAUGGAUAGAAAACCAGAUCGCUGUGGAAAGAGAAACCCCCGUUUAGCACUACUCCCUCAGGCUAAUCAGGGACUGGAGGCUGGAUCCAGCCUAGGCUGCUCCCUGCUGCUGAAAGCAGACAAACAGUGCACUACGAAUGACAUUUGACUGUGUAAUAAAUGGAGGAGUUGCACCCACUCACUUACAUGUAUUGCUGGAAAAGCACACCUAAUUUGCUAAAAAAGCUAACUUCCAGCUAUGAAAUCCAGAGAACUUUUGUAAAUGGUAAAGAUGCAGGUGGAAAUCAAGCGCAGGGUGCAUGAUGAGACUUGAGGGACCCCUGGUCACAAUGAAAGCAAAUGCUAGGCUGGGGAAGCUUAUUAGGAAAUACUAAUAUUUUCUUUGCCUUGACUGAGGUAUUGGUAUUCCUGCCCGAUACUAAGCAGAUAAACUGUGAGGAGUGGGGGUGCUGGAAUUGAGCAUGCCUGGGGGCUGAGGGCUGGCCUGGGCAGGGUGGACCACCUGGGAGUAAACAGCUAGCACUGCUCCUCACAGCCCAGCUGCCUCCUGGCAAUGAGUACAGGCAGCUCCACCUGCUUCAUAUGCCAAACACCUGCAAACACAGCAGGAGAUCGUGCUCUUGUCAAGCUUAUAAUCGCCUGGUCAGGGUGCUAUGAAGUCCUUUUCCUUAGAGGGGUAGCUGUGCCUCUUACACAGGAGCCCUCAGGAGCUGCAGGUGCAGAGCAAACAGCAGAGGAAGAUUUUUUUGGAAUGUGGAUCAGUCUGUCAUGCCUUGAGCUUUCCAACAACGACAGAGAGGAGCACACGGUGUGUAAGAAGAAAUACAAACCAGGCACAGCAAUGGAGAACUUGAAUGUCCUCUUCCCAGACCUUACUGAAGAACAGCAAGACAUUUUCCAGAGGGUUUUUACUGCUGAUGCCAGUUACUUGGAGAAUCAUGAGAGAAUGAACCAGUCCUUCUGGGAAUCACUUGUAAAAUGUUUAGCCACUACUGACCCACCUAUCCUGAAUACUGAAGAAAAAACCAAUCUCCUCAACAGCUGCAGUGUCCUGCCUGGAGGCUGUGCAGCCUGCCUGGAAGCCAUAGAGAAGAAAGGAGUCAGGGCAAUGGCUCUUCUUUACCUCUUGCUGAAGGCAACCAACCCAUCUGGAUAUAGGCAGCUGCCCAGCUCCAAGGGAAAGGAUGAAAAAUUGAAAACCCUGAAGAGAUUGGAAAGGAAUCUCAUGCUUUCACGAGGGGAAAAAAAGGCUGAAAACUCAUCCCACGAGUCCAUGGAUGAAGAUACAGAAGGCACACCAGCAGACAUUGUUCCCUACAGAGAUUCAGAGAUUGCCAGAAGAGAAGAUUCAAUUGCAGAUGCAUAUGAGAAGGAGAACACUCGCCUCCAUCAGUGGACAGUACGGUGGAUGGGCAUACGGAAGGAUGAUGAAUUCUUUCAUUUUGUCAUUCUUUGCUUUGCAAUUGGAGCUUUACUAAUUUGCUACUACUACUACAAAGAUUGGACUAUUUCUCUUGGAAUUGGUUUAAUCACCUUUGCUUCCCUGGAAACCACUGGGAUAUACUUUGGUCUAGUGUAUCGAAUUCGGAGCGUACUCAACAGUUUUGUUCCUCUGAUUGACAAGUUCAGGCCACCAGGUAUGAGGAAAGCUGCCUAGGAGGAGUGUUUUAAAGAGUUCCACAAAACCCUCCUGUCUGAAUUUCUAGUAUUAGAAGAGCUGCUCUGAGGUAAACAAAAACCUAAUGACUAAUGGGAAAUAUUGAAAUGUUAAACCCUAGAAAGACAUCAUUCCUUCCCCUCAAAAAUAAAGCUGAAACUGCAUUAGCAGGUCCUCUUCUUUCUUCUGAAUUUGGGGCUCAGCAGACAUCUACAUGUAUGUUUAUAUUUAAUGGAAUUAAAUAUAAUAAAGAAAAAAGUAUGUAUCAUUUAAUAUAUAUAUUUUAAAAUAAGAAAUAUUAAAUAUAUUUAAUGGAAUGAUAUAUAAACCCAUUCUCCUUCCCUCCCCCCUGUGAGCAUGUUAGUCUGCCUCUGGUCUGUCAGAGCCCCCCCUCUCCCCCGUUAUCCUCCGUGGGGUGGGGAUCAGGCUCUGGCUCUUUCAGUAGGAAUCUUGGCAGCCACCGAGCUGGGCCCCCUCCUCGCCGGCCCUUGUGAUGCUGCAGCCCUGGCAAACACCAGCUGCUGCUUACACAGCUGAGCCCCAACAGCACUGAAGCAGAUUAAUUUAUUGUGGCAGAACUCAGUACAGGGGGGGUGUAACGAUUUCACCCAGUGAAAGCUCAGUGAGCUUUUACAUGCAGUGACAUAAUGGCACAGUAAUGAGAUUGUUAACAGCAGCAAAUUUCAUCUCUUCUGAAGGGCAAAAUAAAGUGCUCGAUUUGACUCAUCCCCCAA